GCACUGCUAUAGUUUUCAUCGGUAGAGGAAAAGGUCAGAGAUGAGGUUGUUACUGAUUUCAGCCUACUUGGGAUUUUUUAUAUGUUAUGCCCAAAACAUUGACGAUAUUAUCAAAGGAGCAGUUGAUGCUGCAAUAAAAGACACUCCGAAAACAAGUACACAGCAAAUAAAUACCAACUUCAAUCGGUUUUUGAGAAAUUCCCAACAAUCAGGAGCUGCGGGACAACAAGGGACACCAGGAAGAACACCAGGAGCACCAGGAGGAGCACCAGGAGCUGUAGCACCACAAGUAUUGACGACGGCAUCUGGAGUUCCACGAAGAGGGUCCACACGACGUGCUAACUUGUUCGGAAGACGCAGACCAAUAAGACAGCAAGACCAGCCCGCAUCAAGGGCUGCUACUUUAGUUGAAAAAACAGCUGCAAGUGUACAAAACACGUCAGCACAAGCACGAUCGGCAUUAAACGACAAUUUGAAGCGAGGAAUCUCCGAUGGAGUUAAAGGCGCGGAACCUGAGCUAUUUAUUGCUAAAACAAUUUCUUGUAAUCAUUUUGAUAAAUACCGAAAGCCGGAUGGUACAUGUAACAACUUGUUCCAAACAGACAUGGGAGCUGCAGGGACACCACAGUCCAGAUUUUUAUCACCAGAGUAUGGGGAUCCAUGGAAUCUAGGGUUUUAUCCUCGUACACGUGGAAAAGAUGGUACUCCACUGCCAGGUCCAAGAGAAAUAUCCAACGCUGUUUUUAGAAGUCCAUCCUCACCAAGAAGUAAUAAAUUUAAUGUGGCUAUGACACACUUUGGUCAAUUUAUUGAUCAUGACGUCGUCGCAACCCCUAUUGAAAUUGAUACUGAUGGCACUGAUAUAGAAUGCUGCAAUGGAAACUUCCCUGUCAUCAGAUCUGAAUGUUUUCCGUUUUCAACACCACCGGGAGAGUUUUUAUACACUUGUAUGAAUUUUGUUCGUUCAGCGCCAACAGGAACGUUUCCUUUUUAUCCAGGUCCACGUCAGCAACUAAAUGCACUAACUUCGUGGUUAGAUCUCUCACAGGUCUAUGGAAGUAGUGAUGAGGAAUUAAGCGACCUAAGCACAGGCAAUGAUGGUCUGUUGAAAGAAGGAAGUGAUGGAUUACCAGACAACCCAGACGAUGAUUCGUGUGCCGAAACAGCCAAUUCAGAUUGUUUUAUUGCAGGUGACCAUAGAAACUCCGAAGUACCUCUCCUCACUGUCAUGCAUAUACUUUUCCUAAGGGAACAUAAUAGAAUAGCAACAGAACUCAAAAGUCGUCACAAAGGGUGGAAUAAUGACAAAAUAUUAAAUGAAGCACGGAAGAUUUCAACUGGAGUUUAUCAACAUAUAGUAUAUAACGAAUUUCUUCCAGCUCUUCUUGGUUUUGAUUGGUCAAUAGCUGUUGGUUUGAUGAGUCAACCACAAGGUCAUACAAAUCGGUAUAGCAGUUUUUUGGACGGUUCAACCCGUAAUGCUUUUGGAGCAGCUGCGUAUCGGAUGGGACAUUCUCUCGUCGGUAAUUCUGUUGGUGCUUCAAAUUCAUUAUUUAACGAGAUUCGAUCUAAAGAACUUCGUGAAACAUUUUUUAACACGGAGACUAUUCGAGACAGUGCUCAAUAUGGUCCAACACGGAUUGGAAGAUGGAUGUCUUCACAAUAUGAUAGAAAGAUGGAUAGAUUUUUGUCUAAGGAAGUGCGGGAUCAUUUGUUUCAAGAUACGAAUAACCCAUUAGAUGCACUCGACCUUGGAGCCCUCAAUAUUCAACGAGGUCGAGAUCAUGGUCUACCAGGAUAUAAUAGAUUCAGACAGUUUUGUGGCCGUUUUCCAGCUGCAUUUUGGACAAAUACACAAGGAGGAUUUGUAGACCAUGAUUCCGACACUGUAGCCAAGUUAAAAAGUGUUUACAGGAAUGUAGAUGACGUUGAUUUAUUCGUUGGGGCUUUGUCUGAGAGACCAGAAUCCCCCGAUACAGCUGUUGGUCCAACUUUUAGGUGUCUAAUUGCCGUACAAUUCCUCUACUAUAAAUAUGCCGAUAGAUUUUUUUAUGAACAUUUUUUCCCAACAACUGGAUUCAGUCUAGCCCAAGUUAAUGAUAUAAAAAGGCAGACCCUUGCUAGAAUAUAUUGCCGAAAUCUAAAUAUAAAAAACAUUCAACCAAAAAUAUUUUUGAACCCUGAUAACACGCAAGAACCAACGAAUCGCAUUGAUUGUAUGAAAUUCCCUGACUUGAAAUUUGAUCUUUAUUAGCAAAUAAUGAUUACUCUGAAGAGCAAAAUGUAUGUCACUAAUCCACAUGUUUCAUUGUUAUGUUAUGUUAUGUUGAUAUGAGUUUGUUAUUUUUUUCGUUUCUUUUUAUGUUUUCAAAUUAUUGGAGGAAUCUAACUUUAGUAGUUAGGUUCAAAGAAAAGGACGGUGGAUUAAUGAAGACGACAAUGGCACCAUUAACCCAAUUGAACAAAAUAUCUUUUACUAUUGUCUACUCAUGCUACGAAGCUAUCGGUAAAUAAAAAUUGGGGGAAAAUAUAUCGUUUCAGUUAUUACGUUUAUGUAUGCACAAUUCUUAUUUUCAACAUUUUAAUCGGUUGAAAAUUAAUGAUUAAAGUAUGAUUCAAGCGCUUUAGGUUUUAAAUGUGCCUUAAUAACUAGUUCUCACCUAGCUUAUAAUUGCCAAACUGCACAACAAAAAAAGAAAAAGAAUAGAAGCUAAUAGAUAUCAGCUUUUUAUCAUAUUUCCAGUUACCCUGGUUAUGUUACAUAUAAAAAAACACAUUACAUUUUGCUAGAUUUAGCAUUAAAUAUUCGCUGCUGUCUGAUUGGUUUAGAAUUUAUUAAGACUGAUUAUUGAUAAACGUGAGUAUAAGUAAUAAUGCUUGAUUUUAAUAUAUGAGGAAGAAAAUUGAUGGGGACAGAAACUAAACCUGUGACGUCAUAUGACUGAACACAUCCGGUACAUAUACGAUGAGACAAGGGUCAACACAAAUCUAUAUAUUAUCAAGUUUGAGCUUUUUAAAAAGCUGUGGACUGCUUCGCUUUAUCCUAAUUUAAGGUAAUACGUGUGCAUGUGGUUGUUGAUUUAGUAUUGGAGAUGUGGUAUUUUUAGAUAUUGAUUGAUAUAAAAUGGAUGUCUUAGACUUGAAAUAUCAAUUUUUGUAUAUAUAUUAAGAUGAACUUUUCUAAAAUUUUUAAACUGGUUGUUCAGUGUUGUACGUUAUACACCCAUGCUUUUAAAAAAAAUUUCGAUUUACUUGUUGAAAUUUAAAACAUUUACAAAACACGACUCUGGAGGUGUGCUCUCUGGAGGUGUGCCCAGAUUAGCAGAAAUUAUAAAAUACAGAUAAUGCAUUUUUGUAAACAUUGUAUAGGAACAUUGUUUAGCUAAACAAAUCGUGCAUAUAACAGAUUAACAAAGCAAAUAAACAGGUGUUAAUACU